CAAACAUUCACUUUCUGUGCUGCUGUGGUAUAAAAUUGUGAUACAAUUAGAAAAACAAGGAUUUGACUGAAGUAGCAAGCUUAUUUUAAAGACUUUAGAAAAUACGUUUUUUAUAUAUUAAAAUACCAAUUCUGGUUUGUAAGUCACUCAUUGAAAAUGAACUGGACAUUAAUCCUCCUCCUUGGUAGCUCCUUGGCUGGGACUAUCUUUGGCUGGACAUAUCAUUACUCGAACAACACCAUGACCUGGGCCCAGGCCCGACACUGGUGCCAGACCUAUUACACAGACAUGGUGGUUAUCCAAAACCAGAAAGAGAACGACCAUCUGGUCUCAAAGCUGCCAAACAGAACUGGAAGUCCAUAUUAUUGGAUUGGAAUCACUAAAAACCACAAGAAUGAAACUUGGACCUGGAUUGGGAAUAACAGCACGUGGAUUGGUGAACAGUCAUGGGCAGCAAACGAGCCCAACAACGACCAUAGCACAGAGUUUUGCGUGGAGAUCUACGUGAACAAUGGAGUAAACCGAGGGAAAUGGAAUGAUGAGAAAUGCAGCCAAAAAAAAUACGCUGUUUGUUAUGAAGCCCAAUGUAAUGCAGCAUCAUGUGGCAGAGGAAGAUGUCAGGAGACCAUAGACAACAUAACCUGCCUCUGUGAACCUGGCUUUGAGGGAGACAGGUGCCAAACAGCUGCGGAAUGCCCCCCUCUGUCUCAGCCUGAAAACGGAUAUCUUAGCUGCUCAGGAGGAAAACAGACAUUCAACUCAACCUGUGGCUUUAAAUGCUACCCAGGCUUCCUGAUCAUAGGCUCGCCGGCUGUUACCUGUGGGGUCACCGGGGUCUGGAGCGGCCCAAGGCCUACAUGUACAAGCUAUAAACAGGCUCUGUUUGCUGUGGCUGGGUGUGGAGCCUUCUCUGCCUUCUCCUGCAUCUGUUUUUGCUGGAUGAAACACAGAAAAAGAAAGAAACUUGCCCAAGUAAGGCAGGCUGAAGAAGCGACAAGUCCAUCCACUGAGGAACAGGGAUGAAGGACAAUUGGAACCUCAUUUAUGUCUUAUUAAAGUAGACCUAUAAUGACACAAAUACAGUUACUCGUAUUAAUUUUAGUACAUUGUUAAUCGAUAAACCUAAAGUCACCGGCUGCACAGGCUGUGUGCCGAGAUAAUCAAUUUGUUUUAUCAGGGUGUUUUAUCUUUGUCUGUUAAAGCUUAAUUUGGCUAUACUGCAUGGAUAUAAAGUGUGUAUGUGUGUGUGUGAUGGUUUAUUAUCAGGUCAUGCAAAUGUAAACUCAAAGCAUUCAUUUAAUAACAUUAUAGUUGCAUUUCUGUGGUAUCUUUGUUAACAAUCCAUUGAAUUAAAUAAAAUGAAUUUAAAAAUG